GGACGACUUCCCCACUAAUCUGCUAACGCACGAGAGCAUCUCCGUGGUCUUUGCCGUUGAGCCGUACUCCAUCGAUCCAGACGCAGUGAACUCAGACACAGCCAAAGACAAGGACAAACGCAGGAAGUCAAGCUCAGCAAACACCACACACAAGCCACAACUGUACGACAGUAUGGUGUCUAUUGCGGUGGGCGUCACACCUCUUAUGGAGAGAAGGCAAUGUCUUAUGCUGCAGUACCAGCUGCUGGCGGCUAAUGCCACUCAGGCUGAGCUCUCCAUCUCGGUCAAG